UUGUAACAAGGUCUCCAUCUAACCUUUCAGAGUUCAUGAUCUAUUUGAAAAGGUAGCUGCUUUCACUUUACUAUCGUGUUGUCCAGUGUUGUCCUAGUAUUAAAUAUUGAAAAAUAAAUGUUAAAGUUCUAGAUUUCUUAAAUAAAAUAAGGCACAAAAUGGCUCCUGUGCCUUUAGAAGGACAUCAAACCCCCGUUACAAAUAACAUCCCACAAGAAGGAAAUCGUGGUGGUUCUAUUUCCCUUGGCAUACUCAUUGAUUUUAUCAUACAACGUACUUACCAUGAACUCACAGUUCUGGCAGAAUUAUUACCUAGAAAAACUGACAUGGAACGUAAAAUAGAAAUUUACAACUUUUCGGCCAGAACAAGACAACUGUAUGUACGAUUACUUGCAUUGGUGAAAUGGGCUAACAGUGCUUCCAAAGUUGAUAAAUCAGCGCAUAUAAUGGCCUUCUUGGAUAAGCAAUCAUUGCUUUUUGUUGAUACAGCUGAUAUGCUUGCACGCAUGGCUCGGGAAACAUUAGUUCACGCUAGAUUACCCAAUUUUCAUAUACCUGCUGCAGUGGAAGUUUUGACAACUGGAACCUACAGUCGGUUACCGGCAUGCAUAAGAGAAAGAAUUGUUCCCCCAGAUCCAAUUACACCUGCUGAAAAAAGAACUACACUUCAAAGAUUGAACCAAGUCAUUCAACAUAGAUUAGUGACAGGCAAUCUUCUUCCACAGAUGCGUAAUUUAAAAAUCGAAGCGGGAAGAGUAACCUUCCUUGUGGAGCAAGAAUUUUCUGUGUCACUUACAGUUAUGGGAGAUGGUCCAGCUGUACCUUGGAGACUACUAGAAUUAGAAAUUUUGGUUUCGGAUAGGGAAACAGGAGAUGGAAAAUCUUUAGUGCAUCCCUUGCAAACACGAUAUGUGCAUCAAGUAGUUCAAUCAAGAUUGGCAGAGAGUUCAAAUCCAUUGUCUGAAGUGUAUCAUAUUUUACAUUAUUUCUGCCAGUCACUACAAUUAGAAGUACUCUACUCACAAACGCUGCGAUUAAUACGAGACAGAUUGGAUGAUCACAUUCAUGUAGACGAAUACACUCCAGGAAAAUGUUUGUCUGUAUCAUAUUGGAGGGAAUUAACUAAUAAGGAUCCUCGAUCAGAAUUAGGAUACAAGCUUACAGUGCAAGUAGAUCAACACGAUCCAGCCAGAUCUCUGGCUAUAGUGCAUGUUCCAUCUUUAGGCAGCAAGGAAAGUGAAAUAGCAGACAGAGCAAUCAGAUCAGACCAACUAUCAAUGGAAUGUUUGUUGGUGCAUACAAUUUAUGUGCGCACUAGAAGUAGAUUACUAGAUUUGAAACAAGAAUUGCAAACCAUGUUAAAAGAUGUUGAGUGCAGUUUAGCUGGUUCACCUGCAAUAUUGUCUGUUCCAAUUUUGCAACCUUGUUUAAGAGCGGAGCAUCUUUUAGUUACUGUUGACACUCACACUGGAAUGUUACAAUGUCAUGUACCUCAGUAUGACGCACCUUUGGUUCCUGAAUUGACUGUCAUCUUAAAUGGAGAUCACUCUCGACUGCCGACAUUAAUAUCGGAACUUAGGUUUUGGAUAACUCAAAGAAGAUGUGAAAAGACAUUGCAACAUCUUCCAGCAACUUCCCAUGAACGUUUGCCGAUCCUUCAUCAUCCUGAACAUCCAAUGUCGAAAAUUAGUAGACAUCGUAUGUUUGUCCAACUCCAUCGGCAUCCCACAGUGAUUUUAAUAGUAGCAUUUAAGGAAAAAGAAAGUUCACCAUGUGAAAUCGAAUGUUCGUUUUACCUUGCCGUGGUGAAACACACUUCUGUAGAGGAUGAUCCUCACGAUGAUAACAUUGAAACAGAGAUACCAAAAAUGUAUUUAAAGGUUCAAACUUUAAUCGAAUUCGACACUUUUGUUAUAACUCAUGGCCCUUUCACCAGUGUUGAUAACGAAGCCACUGAAGCGAACAACAGUAAACGCAGAAGUACAGGACCUAGUGGAAGGACUGAUGCAAGUGCUACGUUACAAAAUAGAAGGUCGAAGCAGCCUGCAUACUUUAUUCCAGAGCUGGCCCAUGUAGUUGCUCUUUGCGAUGAAAGAAUACCUUUUGUGACACUAGCGCAAGAAUUAACCAAAAGAGACAUAGCUCACCAAGGUCUUCAAGUGGAAGCAAAUGCUACUGCACUAGUCUUGAAGUUGGUUCAACUACCUGCUCCUUCUACUACAAUAAGUUCUAGUUGCGCGUGGCAUGCACUUCUCAAAAGAUUACUCAGUGUUUCGAUCAGAGUUCAGGGUAAGGGCAUGGCCAAAACUUGGAUGGCUGAGUUUGUGUUUUAUGGGAGUCCUUUAUCUAGUAAUCAUCCAAAGGAACAAGGUCUACGGAGACCAGUAUAUUUUCAGUAUGAAAUGGGAACUGCAGAUACCGUAUCACGUACAGUAGAGGCACUGCUUAAUGAUUGGGCACAAAUUGUACAUCUGUAUUCGAUAGUACAUGACUUAGCGGAGUAUUUUAAAAUGGAGAAAUACAAUCUACGUAAUAUGGUUAGUAUAAAAUCAUACAACUACAGUAAACUAGUUUUAGCGUAUGGUCCUAAUCGUGGAGCUACGGUUACUAUACAGUGGAAUACAAAUGAUAAAGCAUUUAAGUUAGUUUUUGGAAAAAGUCCAACGAGCACUGCAACUAAUGCUCAUUCAAUUAUGAAGGAACAGCUUGAAGCUCAUUUAAAUAGGCAUAGAAAUUUAGCGCAACUUAUACACAUUCUUCAUGAAACGCUUCAGCCACUUACAUCGAUUAGUAAACUUCCCAUGAUUCCACAGCUUUGCGUCUAUAAUUCGCGACCUCAAGUACCGGUACAAACUUUUACUAUUAUGCCACAGUGUGUCACCCUAGUAAGAAUUGCAUAUCAGGGUAUGUACUGUUUAGAGCUACGUUUACGAGGAGGUGGUUUAGUGAGCUUAAGAGACGGGGCAUAUAGUCGUUUUGAUAGGAGUUACGUUGUGGAUGAAUUUACACCGACGCAAGGCCUCAAGGCUUUUCUGUCCAAAUACGUAGACGAAAGUGCAGUAUUCCGAAGAAGGUCACAGUCAGAAGACGACAAUCCUCCUUCCCCUGUAACAAUGGAUAGUGACGGUGGUAGUGGAAGUGGAAAUGUAGGUUUCCUAAGUCACCAUAGAAGUGGACCGCAAUCACCUGCACAACAAAGAGAUGGCUUACGGUUUCAUCCACCUCUUACUCCACCUUCUGGUAGCAACCCUCAUACUCCGGCUAGUCCACAUACUACUAAUAUAUCACAGACAAACCAGCAUCAGAGUUUUGGAAGUAGUCCAGCUACUUCUUUCAAUUUGGCUUCACCGCCAUCUCUUCCACCCAAUACUCCAAAUAUGCUACCACAUCCUUCACCUGGUUCUGGAUUGGUUGCCAAUAGUCCUCUGAACCCAAUGCAUGUUCCUAGUCCAGCUGGUUUAAUGCCUACGUCUUCACCUGGACCUUGUAGUAAUGUUCAAGUUGGGCACUCCCCUGCAGGAUCCUUCAUGCAAACCGGACACAUAGAUGGAAGUCCUUUUCCAUCCUCACAAAGUAUGGCUUCCCCAGCAGCAUCUAACUGGCCAGGUUCUCCCAAUGUACCUAGACCGUCUCCAGCACGUCCUGCACAAAGUCCAGGACAUGCUGCAUUACAUAGCCCUCAAGCUUCAGAUCAUAAAACAGGAACACAUAUUUCGAGAGUACUUCCUCAACGUUCUUGGGCUGGUGCUGUACCCACGCUGCUCACUCAUGAAGCUUUAGAAUUACUCUGUUGUCCCUCUCCGCAUCCCUCUGGACUUCCCGGACCAGAUUUGUCUCCACUAGAAAGAUUUCUAGGAUGUAUCUACAUGCGUAGACAGUUCCAACGAUUCAUACAGACAGAUGAUUGCUUAACAGCAAUUAAUAGCACAGAACCAGGAGUUGUACAGUUUAAGGUAGAAAGUUUGCAGUGCCGAGUUGGUUUAAAUCCACAACACUUGCAGUCUCUUCACAUAAAAGUACAACCUCUUCCGGAACAUAAAGAUCAGUGGACACUUGAAGAGUUACAAAUUAUAGAAAAAUUCUUUGAUACAAGAGCGGCAGCUCCACCAUACAAACCGAAUACUCUUUCUGGGUUUGGUAGAAUGUUGAAUGUUCCGUUUAAUGUGUUAAAAGAUUUUGUACAAAUAAUGAAACUGGAACUAGUACCUGGGUUAGUGCAACAACAGCAACUGAAAUGGAACGUACAGUGGUGCUUAAGGAUUCCUCCUUCCGGUACUCCGAUAGUACCCACUGGUAUGGCGGCCGUGCUUGUUUGUAGGAAUAAAAUCCUCUUUUUCUUGCAAAUAACAAGGAUUGGAUUACCAUAUCAAGGAGAAACACCUUCUCUAGUUUUACCAUUAGUUUACGAUGUUAGUACGAAUCUGACACAAUUGGCAGAAAAAAGAGAUCCUAGUCCAGCUUCCGCAAUGGCUGCAGCAUCCCUCCAAUUGAAAAGAUUUGCUGAAUACGGUGCGAAUCAGUCCGAAUGUUCUCUUUUUCCUGCUGUCAGAGACUUGUUAGCUAAUUUAACUCUUCCAUCAGAGCCACCGGUCAUGUCUCAGGUGGUUCCAUCACCAGCUGGUGGACAAGUAACACCAACACAACAAAUCCAAAGUCCUGCAAUGCAAUUACAUUCCCCUAUGGCUGGAAAUCAAGGUCCCCCGCAAGGUCCAUAUGGAAUUCAAGGUAUGCCACCAAUGGGAAUAAUGGGUGGACCACCUCAAUAGGAUCUACUUUACUCUCCUAACCCCCUUUGUUUGCCAAAUCAGUCGACUUGGAUCAACUGAGUUGUAUCACAAUGUCUGUUGUGUAAGUAGACUGCGUACCACUUCAACGGACUAUUUCGGGGUAUUUUAGGAGAGUAAUUUAAAAAAAAAACAUUGUUUUGUACAAAAUGAAAUUACGAUCAUUGCAAUUGUAAAAAGUAGUUAAGCAAAAAUUUCGUUAUAAAAACUUGUACACAUGACAGGAAUCGUGUUUUAGAAUAAUUUAAGGAUAGAAGGACCAAGCUUCUCACCCUAACUGUAAUUUAUUAAAUUAAUAAAAUUUACACUUAAGAUAAUCCAUCUAUCCUUUAAUUAUCUAAUAUUAUUGCAUAGUAAUGCGUUUUACUUUAAUGUCAA